GUUGCUUCAAGUAAUUUUCUUUGCUUUCUUAGAUUGAUUUUUGAGUGAAAGAGAUAGAAAAGAGUUAGAAGAAGGUAACAAUGGCUGGGGGCGGUAUAGCUCCAUCGAGUGGUGGAAAACAAUACCCUGGUAAACUCACAGCUAGGGUUCUUAUAACAUGUAUUGUUGCGGCUACCGGUGGUCUGAUUUUUGGGUACGACCUUGGAGUUUCAGGCGGUGUUACAUCCAUGGACUCUUUCUUGAAACAGUUCUUUCCACCGGUUUACCAGAAAGAGUCUUCGAUCAAGCCUUCCGACGAUCAGUACUGCAAAUUCGAUAGCCAGACACUUACACUUUUCACAUCUUCGCUAUAUUUGGCUGCUCUAGUUGCAUGCGUUUUUGCAUCAACUAUAACCAGAGUGUGUGGUCGCAGGCUCACAAUGAUCUUGGGUGGAGUUCUUUUCUUGGCUGGUGCCUUGGUCAAUGCCUUUGCUAAUGCUGUUUGGAUGCUUUAUGUUGGUCGCCUGCUUCUUGGUUUUGGUAUUGGAUGUGCCAAUCAGUCUGUGCCGAUCUAUGUCUCUGAAACAGCCCCAUCUAAAUACCGUGGUGCUCUAAACAUGAUGUUCCAAUUGUCGAUCACGAUUGGAAUCCUUGCUGCUGGUGUGCUUAACUAUUUCUUUGCCAAGAUCAAAGGCGGUGGGGGAUGGCGUUUGAGUUUGGGAGGUGCUGCAGUCCCUGCCAUUAUAAUCAUAGUUGGAGCAUUGUUUUUACCUGAUACACCAAACUCCUUGGUCGAGCGUGGCAAGCAUGAGGAAGCCAAAUCUCAGCUUCUUAAGCUCAGAGGAGUUCCUAAUGUUGAUGAGGAGUUUAAUGACCUAGUUGCGGCCAGUGAAGCAUCCAAGUUGGUAAAACACCCAUGGGUUAGCUUGUUGAGCAGGAAAUAUAGACCCCAGCUUGUGUUUGCAAUCGGCAUCCCCGCCUUCCAGCAACUCACCGGCAUGAACGUGAUCACGUUUUAUGCUCCUGUCUUGUUCAAAACAAUGGGGUUUGGAAGCAGUGCUUCUCUCAUGUCAGCUGUCAUCACCAAUCUCGUUAAUGCCUUAGCUACAUUUGUCUCAAUUCUCACUGUUGAUAAGGUUGGAAGGAGGAAGCUUUUCUUACAGGGUGGUUGCCAAAUGCUCCUCAUGCAGGUGGGUGUUGGAAUUGCUAUGGCUGUUAAAUUUGGGGUCAGCGGCAACCCUGGAAAGUUGACACUAGGGUUUGCAGUUCCCUUGGUGGUCUUAAUCUGUGUUUACGUGGCUGGAUUUGCUUGGUCUUGGGGCCCUCUAGGAUGGUUGGUGCCCAGUGAAAUUUUCCCACUUGAAGUAAGGUCUGCUGCUCAGGCUAUCAAUGUCUCCGUCAACAUGAUUUUCACCUUUGCCAUAGCCCAAGUCUUCACAGCCAUGCUCUGCCACAUGAAGUUUGGCUUGUUCUUCUUCUUCUCUGUCUGUGUAGUGGUGAUGAGCAUUUUCAUCUACAAAUUGUUGCCUGAAACGAAAGGAGUUCCGAUUGAAGAAAUGCACACUGUGUGGGAAAAUCAUCCAUAUUGGCGUAAGUAUGUUAUUAAAGAGGAAGGCAUUGCCAUGGGCAAGGGUAAGGGAGGACAAAGUGCCUAAAGAUUUUAAUUUUUCCCUUUUCGAAAAACAAUAGUUCGUAGCUAACCACCUUUGCUUUCUUUUAAUGUAACCCCAUCAAGCCAACUAGCUUAUAUUCUAUAGUCUAGCUUGUGAUAACGUCUGUCGCUAUA